AUGAAUGACUCUACACAGAACAGACCAGAGGGGACCUCUUCACUGUCCGACUAUCAGGAGCUCCUCCGUAACUCCAGUUUCUGCCUCGUUCCUCGAGGUCGACGUCUGGGAUCUUUCAGAUUCCUGGAGGCUCUUCAGGCGGCCUGUAUCCCCGUCAUCCUCAGUAACGGUUGGGAGCUGCCCUUCUCUGAGGUCCUCGACUGGAGGAAGGCGGCCGUCAUCGGGGACGAGAGGCUGCUCCUACAGUCUCCGCCGCUGUCUCUGCCGCAGUCUCCGCCGCUGUCUCUGCCGCAGUCUCCGCCGCUGUCUCCGCCGCAGUCUCCGCCGCUGUCUCUGCCGCAGUCUCCGCCGCAGUCUCCGCCGCAGUCUCCGCCGCAGUCUCCGCCGCAGUCUCCGCCGCUGUCUCCGCCGCAGUCUCCGCCGCUGUCUCCACCGCAGUCUCUGCCGCAGUCUCCGCCGCUGUCUCUGCCGCAGUCUCUACCAUAUUCUCCGCCGCAGUCUCCGCCGCACUCUCCGCCGCAGUCUCCGCCACAGUCUCCGCCGCAGUCUCCGCCACAGUCUCCGCCACAGUCUCCGCCACAGUCUCCGCCGCAGUCUCCGCCGCAGUCUCCGCCGCUGUCUCUGCCGCAGUCUCCGCCGCUGUCUCCGCCGCAGUCUCCGCCGCUGUCUCCACCGCAGUCUCUGCCGCAGUCUCCGCCGCUGUCUCUGCCGCAGUCUCUACCAUAUUCUCCGCCGCAGUCUCCGCCGCACUCUCCGCCGCAGUCUCCGCCGCACUCUCCGCCGCAGUCUCCGCCACAGUCUCCGCCGCAGUCUCCGCCACAGUCUCCGCCACAGUCUCCGCCACAGUCUCCGCCGCAGUCUCCGCCGCAGUCUCCGCCGCUGUCUCUGCCGCAGUCUCUACCGUAUUCUCCGCCGCAGUGUCCGCCUUAG